GCGUGCCGUUACGCUGUGACGACAUGGAAGAACUGCGGGUCCCGAUUGCUGCAGCCGCUUGUCAUUGUGACGAAGAUUGGCACUAAGUUUAGUGGUGCUGAAGAUCAGCUUUAUAGAAUGCUCAAGCAUUGCCCACGGCAACAGUAACUAUGAUGACAUCCCCAUCGGUGUCCAUGGAGGAUUACCAAGAGGCUGAACAGAUGCAAGUGGGAGAACAGGCGGCGGGACAAGUGGAGGUGACGUUGGAGGACGAAGAAGAGGAAGAGGGGGAGAGAGAGGAAGACGAGAGCAGCUCAGCACCGUCCGAGCCACAGUCUCCUAUGGAGGUCUACAAGACGGCCAUUUACAGACACCCCUUGUUCCCCCUGUUGGCACUGCUCUUUGAGAAAUGCGAGCAAUCCACUCAGAGCUCGGAGUGCGUGACCUCGGCCAGUUUCGAUGUGGAUAUCGAGAACUUUGUGCGAAACCAGGAGAAGGAAGGCAAGGCGUUCUUCAGCGAGGACCCCGAUUUGGACAAUCUGAUGGUGAAGGCCAUCCAGGUGUUACGGAUUCACCUGUUGGAGCUGGAGAAGGUAAACGACCUGUGUAAAGAUUUCUGCAGCCGCUACAUCGCCUGCCUCAAGACUAAGAUGAACAGCGAGACUCUGCUCAGCGGAGAGCCAGGAAGUCCCUACUCGCCAACACAGACACAGCCGCUGAGCUCGUUCACUGGAGCCAUGAGUUCACAAGGUCUUGUAGUGUCAGCAUCGGCUUUACAACAAGGCAACGUUACUGUCACAACUGUAAACCCCACACAGGUGGUAACAGGUGGUACAGUAUAUCAGCCCGUUACAGUUGUUACUCCACAGGGACAGGUGGUCACACAGACUCUGUCACCUGGAACAAUACGCAUCCAGAACUCACAGCUUCAGUUGCAGCUGAACCAGGAUCUGAGCUUUUUCAGUCAGGAGGACAGCUCGUCUAAGGCCAAGAGAGGCAUCCUGCCCAAACAAGCCACCAACGUCAUGCGUUCCUGGCUCUUCCAGCACAUUGGUCACCCAUAUCCUACAGAAGAUGAGAAGAAACAGAUUGCCCUGCAGACCAACCUCACACUGCUGCAGGUUAACAACUGGUUUAUUAACGCUCGACGACGGAUCCUUCAGCCUAUGCUGGAUGCCAGCUCUUCAGACACACCCAAGAGCAAAAAGAAGACGCCCCAGACACGACCCCUACAACGCUUCUGGCCCAACUCCCUCGCCUCCUCUGUGACCCAGCAACAGGUCACCAUGGAAGACGGUACCACAGUAACAGUCGGUGUGGGUGAGGAUGGACUACAGACGCUCUCAUCAGAUGGAGCUACGCUGGCCAUGCAGCAGGUCAUGAUGGGAGGUCACAGCGAGGAUGAUGAUGAUGAUGACGACGACGAAGAGGAUGAGGACAAUGAUCCUUCUCACUCCGACAUGACCAGGCUGGGCCUGGAGACCAGCGACUCGCUGUAGUAGGACUGAACCACACACACACUCUCACAGUAACGUAUAUAGUAUAUAGAGAGAGACGUUUAAGGAGCAUUAGAGCACUAAGAGACAUUCACACAAACACCUCGGCUGGCGUGUUGAAGGUCACAGCGCACAUCCUCAAGCUGUCAAACAGCUUGUUUGGAGUACAGAGAAAAGGGCUUAAAGCCACACACACCGAAACGAACCACACACACACACAGGUAAAAGCACAAGUCUCUCUCACGGCAGAACACACACAUCAUUUUCCACACAGUUAGCCGAGUGCACUUUUUUUGUAUGAUACUGUAAACUUAAAGAAAGUGUUCAAAGCACAUUUUGAAAGAGCUAAAAAGAAGGAAAUAAAAAAAAUAGUGAUGCUGGAUGAUUCGGUUGUACGUAUCCUCAUGGUCUCAGAUACUAUGACAUAGAUGAGAUUUCGUCUCUUGCAUGCCUGUGUUUGCUUUAAUCAGGCACCAGGAAAAAGAAGGAACUAUUUUUAUAGUACACUGUCACAAUUGACCGGUGCCAAUUUGUUUUGUUUUUAUCCAUUUGUUUGUUUUGCUCUGGUUUGCUAUGUUUUGUAAGGAGUAUUUAUGUAUGAAAAAGACAAAAAAACACACACUUUUAACGUGCAGGAGGUUUGUGGGAACUACUUAGUACAAAGAAUGGAUAAUACUGUACGCUGAAGGCAUAGACUCUGAAGCCUUACAUUUUUACAUUUUUAAUGCCGCAAUGUGAGACGGUCUCUGAUGUCACUUCCUGUGCAAUCGACAUGAAUACCGUGUCCAAAAAUGACAUUUUGCAAGGUCGUGAUUAUUGUUUGCGACAUUCAAUGCCUGUAAUUGUUGUAUGAAAAGGAAAUGUUAUUUCUUUUUAAUGAUUAUAUUAACCGAAGUUGAACCGAGAAGGACGUCCACAAGACUUGUAUUUAUGUAUAUUUUUCAGCAAAGGGACGCAUCCUUGAUGUUAAACCCUUUCAGCUCAAACAUUUAUGACUGAUUUCUUUUUUUAUUCCACGUUAACAUGGACUGUUCUGUCGAGUUUUCACAGGAAAACAUGUUUUUCACCUUAUCGGAGUGGAUAAAACUAAUGUUUUCAAUAUUUAAGGAUUGAUUGCAUGUGUUUUCAUUUAUUAUUGUAAAGAAACAUACAAUUUUAUUUUUAGAAACAUACUGUAUGCUCUCAAAUCUAUCAGUGACAGUGUAAACUCCAUGAGAUUGGUACAUUUGAGCUGUUUGCAGUAAAAUCUUGAUGGUAUAUUUCAAUACAGUAGAAGCCGGUAUAAAAUUUGGAUUAUGGACAUGUUUGUCCCAGAUUUUUCUUUUUACAGCAGUCACUCAUAUAUACUGUUUUAUAGUUAUUUCGCAUAUUCAGUAUGUGCUUUAGGGCGGCUGUCAGUACUGAGUGGCUUUUUCAUUUCCAGCAUUAGUCUUGUGAUGCCAUUGGUCAGAUGACUAACCCAGAAGCAGAAAGUCUACUCCGUUAGCUUAGGUUGAAACGCUGGAUUUGAAUAUUUUUCUCUUUUCUGUCUCUCUCACACACACAGAUUUGCCUUUCAGACUCUUCAUUUUGUAAUAAAGAACACUGUACCUGAA